AUGGCUCUGCUUCUGCUGAGCCUGGGACUGAGCAUCGUCGUGGCCCAGGAGUUCAAUCCCUGCGCCGUUGUGCAGAGGAACUACAACAUAGCCAGGAUUUCAGGGGUCUGGUAUUCUAUUUUCAUGGCCUCAGAUGACCUGAAUCGGAUUAAAGAAAAUGGGGACUUGCGGGUCUUCGUCCGGAACAUAGAACAUUUGAAGAACGGCAGCCUAAAAUUUGAUUUCGAAUUCAUGGUGCAGGGGGAGUGUGUGGCCGUGGUCGUGGUCUGCGAGAAGACAGAGAAGAAUGGGGAAUACUCCAUCAACUAUGAGGGCGAGAACACGGUGGCCGUCUCAGAGACUGACUACAGGCUGUUCAUCACCUUCCACCUCCAGAACUUCAGGAACGGGACCGAGACCCACGCGCUGGCGCUCUACGCACGGGUCCCACAGCUGGAACCUGCCUUCCUGAGCAGAUUUGAAGAAACCUGCAAAAAGUACGGACUCGGCCCACAAAACAUCGUCGACUUGACCAACGAAGAUCACUGCUACUCCAAGCGUUAGAGGAGCCCGCCCAGGCCUCCCAUGCAGCCUGAGCCUCCCGGAGACAUGCCUCUAAAGGCACCUCUGCAUUUCUGCAUGAGGGUCCCUGAGGGUAAAGGAGCAGAUGUACCUGUGAUGCGUGGUGGCCCCAAGAUGCGGGUGAGACAGCAACUGACAACUAAGGCCCUACCCUUGCCCUCCCCACCCUUCCCCUCCUUAUCCCUCCCCUCUCUGCCCCUCCCCUCCCUGGGCUCAGCCACUGCCUCUGGGGGAAGAUGAUGAACAAUGUCACAGCGGAGGCAGGUGCCUGCACCCCCCUCCAUGUUUUAGUGAAUAAAAGGGAGGUACCAGCCAAUCUGCCGUGAUUUUGUG